CCGGCGGCCGGGGUCUGCGGGGAUUAGUGCGGUGGGCGCGCCUCUGGCCGCCAUUUCUCGGCGUCUCCCCGGAGCCGCCCCCUGGCGCUUCGCGUGGGUGUCUCUCCCCUCUCGUGGCUGCGGGUGGUCGCCGACAGUGACAAAAUGCUGAGCUUCUUCCGCAGAACGCUCGGCCGCCGGUCGAUGCGCAGACAGGCCGAGAGGGACCGGCUCCGCGAGGCCCAGCGUGCAGCCAUGCACAUCCCUGCGGCCGGGGACGCGAGGGCCGUCAUCACCUGCCGAGUGUCCCUCCUGGACGGGACCGACGUCAGUGUGGACUUGCCGAAAAAAGCCAAAGGACAAGAGCUGUUUGAUCAGAUUAUGUACCACUUGGACCUUAUUGAAAGCGACUAUUUUGGACUGAGAUUUAUGGAUUCGGCACAAGUAGCACAUUGGUUGGAUGGUACAAAAAGCAUCAAAAAGCAAGUAAAAAUUGGUUCACCCUAUUGUCUGCAUCUUCGAGUUAAGUUUUACUCCUCAGAACCAAAUAAUCUUCGUGAAGAACGAACCCGGUACUUAUUUGUUCUUCAAUUAAAACAAGAUAUUCUCAGUGGAAAGUUGGAGUGUCCUUUUGAUACAGCGGUUCAGUUGGCAGCUUAUAACUUGCAGGCUGAACUUGGUGACUACGACCUUGCCGAGCACAGUCCUGAACUUGUGUCUGAGUUCAGGUUUGUGCCCGUUCAGACGGAAGAGAUGGAGCUGGCCGUUUUUGAGAAAUGGAAGGAAUGCAGAGGUCAGACACCAGCACAAGCUGAAACCAAUUAUCUGAAUAAAGCCAAGUGGCUAGAAAUGUAUGGGGUUGAUAUGCAUGUGGUCAAGGCCAGAGAUGGGAAUGACUACAGUUUGGGACUGACCCCAACAGGAGUCCUUGUUUUUGAAGGAGAGACCAAAAUUGGCUUAUUUUUUUGGCCCAAGAUAACCAGAUUGGAUUUUAAGAAGAAUAAACUAACCUUGGUGGUUGUAGAAGAUGAUGAUCAGGGCAAAGAACAGGAGCAUACGUUUGUCUUCAGACUGGAUCACCCCAAAGCGUGCAAACAUUUAUGGAAGUGUGCUGUGGAGCAUCACGCCUUCUUCCGCCUCCGAGGCCCUGUCCAGAAGCAUUCUCACCGAUCGGGAUUUAUUCGAUUAGGGUCGCGGUUUAGAUACAGUGGGAAAACUGAGUAUCAGACCACAAAAACCAAUAAAGCAAGAAGAUCAACAUCCUUUGAAAGGAGGCCCAGCAAACGGUAUUCUCGACGAACUCUGCAAAUGCAAGGAAGACCUGAAGAACUCAGUGUUCACAGUAAUGUUUCAGCUCAGAGUAAUGGCUCCCGACAGGCUUGGGGUGUGAGAUCCACUGUGCCUGUGAUUCCUUCCGUUCCCUCUGGUCCUUUGCUCGUGCAAGUUGAGAAUCUUCCAAGGAGUCCCGGAGCAGACCAGCAUGACAAGAAAUGCUUGCCUCUGAAGAUUGAUUUGCUAGAUAGUCCAGACUUACUGGAAACAACCACUGAUGAUGUAGUUGGGGCACCUGACACCAUGGCCAUGUCCCAAGCCCCAGGUGAAGUGAGCACAGCCACCAGGCAGGCUGGAUUAGAGGGGCUGGAAGCAUUAAAAGAUGUCUCAGAGAAGCUCAAACACCUUGAAAUGGAAAGUGGUCCUUUGCCAGCCAGUCAUCCCAACAGGGACGUUAACAUCAGCAACCAGGAGGAAGUGGUGAAGUUAACUGAGAAAUGUCUGAAUAAUGCCAUCGACAGCCCAGCACUGAAUGCCAGGAGAGUUCCUCCUGACUUGAAGAGUAACAUUUUGAAGGCUCAUGUAGAAGCAGUGCAGAAGGUUACAAGAGAAGAUAGCUUAUUAAGUCAUAAAAAUGCCAGUGUUCAGGAUGCUGCCACCAACAGCGCUGAGUUAAAUGAGAACGCCAUGCCCGGCCCUGGAGGGUCUCUCAUUCCGAUGCGAACCACACCUGCAGAAAAUGGGCCUGCUCUAAAGGGUGCUACAGAUGAAUUGGAUGCCUUGCUUUUAUCUCUAACUGAGAAUCUCAUUGACCACACAACCACACCUCAGGUGUCUUCCAUAUCCACGAUCACACCCCGUUGGAUUGUGCCACAGAGCGCUGCCCUUCCUAACGGGCUUGCAGGAGACAGCGGGCUCUCGCCGGCCGGGAAGGAGGGGCCUGGCAACAGAGGUGUGGUCUCCCUCAUCUCUCCCCCAGCGCCGUUCUUCGUGGAUGCUGUGACCAGCUCGGCUCCAGCCUCUGCUGGAGAAGCCACCUUGAAGCAGAAGUGUUUGCUGACAACAGAGCUCUGAGGGGCGGCCACUCCUCACCGUGACCCGAGGCCGGGCCCUCCAGCCGUCCGUCCUGGAGUCCGCUUCUGCUGGAGCUGGUUCUGCACUUGUGGGUAAAAGAGCUCACCCGGGUGUGACUUCACCUCUGAAAAAGCAGUUACAUUUCCGUCCAGGUGGAAGGGCGUAAUUACACUACACGUUAGCCCAAGUGAGCGUCUGUGAUCUUUUACUUUCUCUCAUUUCGUUCGAAGUUGUGAAUUCCUGCCGCGGGGGAUCCCUUUCCCUGUGGUUUUUUCCGAGCUCUUUGCUCCGCCCAGUGGUUGUGACUGUUCAUGACGCCCCCCCUGGGUGGGCCGUCCCUGGUGGUCAGCAGCCUUGGGAAGGUUACUUCUCUCUCUGGUGUCAGGGUGAGUGUCCUUAAUGUGAACGCCUGCUAUAGAAAUUGUACCCUUCUGUGCAUUGCCUGGAAAUCAGGAAUUGAGGUAGAUUAAUUAUUACUAAAGAGAGGUUUUUAGAAUACAGAGGGUUUUCAGAUGUCUCCCAUACUUUUGACUUUUUGCUGGACUGGCUAUCUUAAUACUCCAAGUUUACAUCAAGGUAAGAUAGACCUUGAGAAGAAUUACAGAGGAGUCAGUUGCCCGGCACAGUUUUUCAGCCCAGCCGUCCCUUCGGAAGCAAACCUGCGUGGAGCGCACGCGCAUCCUGUAGCUUUUGGCCUGGAAGGGGUGGGGUGGCCGCAGAGACCUCCAGGCGUCCACACGGCUCCCUGGGCUGCGUGGGGUUGAAGGCUGAGGUCGGCUCAGGCGGCGAAGGAGAGCACAGUAGUGUCCAGGUCCCCAUUUGCACGUAGGCUCCAUUUCCUUUUAAUGUAAGCUGAAUAAAUUCAGAUGGUGUAAACUGAAGGAAAAAAAUGCCAGGAUAGAAAUAGGGAAUCGGGUUGAGGGGAUUCAUGUCUGAAACUAAAUGCAAGGCACUGCAAGAACGUUAGGGAUUUUGUGUUAGUUAAAAAGGGUUCUCUAGAAGUUCCUCAUUACUUUCCAUCUGUACAGACAAUUCUGGAUGUUAAAGUAGUAUAUGCUCAUUAUAGAAAAUAGAGAAAAGAAUUUCAACACCCAGAGAAGCACUAUUUUAGCUUCAAAACUUUGGACUGCGUAAAGGAAACCUCAGUUGCUGUGGGGAAUGAGGGUGAUCUGGAAAUCGCGUUGGUAAAGUUGUUGUGAAUCCCUGUUACCGAGGGCUGGUGUUAAACUACCUCCUGGAAUUUGGUUUUGGUCUGCUGCCCUGCGGUGUGCACGUAAUUGAGUGUUAGUGUCUGCUGUCCACCAGAAAAGAACAUCCAGUUUUCAGAUCUUUAAAACUCCAUGUUCUGGAUGGUCCUGGGUUCCCUGUAACAUACUCACACUCAGGCAAACGCACACUCUUGUCUGACUGGAAGGCCCUGGGAUCUUAAUCUUGUGCUGUUCCCAGGGGGCCGUAGAGAUUGGAAACGACUUUUUCACAAAACAGUUCUGCCGAAGGAAAGACAGUUGGCACUUCUUGUUGGCUGUCUCCCCUUAGCUGUUAUCCUAAGCUCGUGGAUUUCGUUGGGGGAGCUCGUGCCACUUCGUAAUUGUCAAACAGAUUUUCUCGCAGCUCUAAUGACACCUAGAACCAGGGACUUGACCUGGGACAUGCUGGACUGGACAUCGAGUUUUCAGCACACCGACGACCCUGAAGGUAGAAGGUUAAGGUUGUGCUUCUGGUCACAGAGCAGCUUUCUAGAUUUCGGAAUUAAGUUGUUGAAAACAUUGCGUAAGCUUUGUGUCUUCAGGUACCUGUAUUCUUGCCAGUCAGAAUAUUGAUAGGGACUUUCUUACAGUGCAUUUGAAUCUCAAGGUAAAAGGAAAUUCUGUCUCACGUCCUGGCAAGAAUGGUACGUAUGGAAAUUAAUACUUUAAUGAAUUAGCCCUGACAGAAUAGAUACCUGUCAGGUAGACCUUUCCUUUCCUGUCUGCUGCAGGUGCCGUCCCCGGGCGCCUGUAACGUUCACCCUGUUCCGCUGACCUGAGAAUG